GAAAAACUUUUCAUCAACAGCCGCCAUAUUGGAUGAAUAGGAGCCCAAAUUUUCAGGAACUGUGCUCUGAAUUUUGGCUUCUUUUUUCGUCUAGGCUGUCGUUUUUGAAACGACUGGUCACCUCCGUUCUUCAUGGAGUAACUACGGUAAGGGAUUGGGAAGCCAUCGUCGUGUGAUUGCGGCUCCGGACGGCUCGAUGCUCGGGACUGCUUGCCUGGGCAGUCGCGGAGCGUUGAAGUUUUGAUGGGGUAGUGCGAUGCCGUAGAACGCGAUCAUGAAGAGACUGUCCCCGUGCCUUGACCAUGAAGAAGAAAAUCGGACUGUGCUACCAUAUAUUUGUGCGUGUGUUGGACCAUCAGAUCUUCUAAAAGUGUAUUGGUAUGUCGAAGGUUUAAAUUCUUGAUAAUCUUCCCCAUUCUUGAGCGCAUAGGGCAUCAGUGGUUUAGGCUUAUCAAUAUGGCUGACCAUCUUGUGGAUGGGCCGCCGAAUAAGCGGCAGAAGUUGGCAGAAACUGGCCUGUCGUCGGACAGCGCAGAUUUCAGCCGGCUCUGGGACCUGGAGAAUGAGCUGCCAGAAGAGCUCAUGGGUUCAGGAGGGGGCCCACCCCUGGGUGACUUAAGUGGUGGCCCCACCCAGUCGACGGGUGCUGCCCAGCAAAAUGGCACAGGCGGUGAGGAGGCAGCUGGCCAGCAGCAUCAGCAAUUGUCACAGCUGCUCCAAAGAAACACCAACCACGGGAGUCCCAAAGAGCUGGGUGGUGGCCCUAAGAGGAUUGGCGGACCUAUGCUCAAUGGGCCUAUGGGACCCAUGGGACAGGCAAGGCCGCCGACGUCUCUAGGAGGCCUUCUCGGACCAAACUCCCCGCAUGGUGGUCCCUCCGGAAUGGUUGCACCCCCACCUGGCAUGAAGGGGCCAGGUGGAGCCAUGGGCCAAGCAUCGUUCCAUGGAGGUUAUGGCCAAGUGAUGUCAAUGGGCCAGUUGAGUCAAUCUCAACAGAGGCCCAUGGGAGCCAACCUAGGAGCGGCGUUAGGCAUGCCCCCGCGCUAUUCAAGUGUAGAUUCUUCGCAACUGCAAAACCAACACGGGCAGCCACCACCUCAGCAGGCGCAGCAGCUGGCUGGUCCUCCGAUGGGGCAGGCAGCUCCACCCCCGGGUGUGGCGCCCCCCCAGCAGCCGCCGCCUCCCCAUCCUGGUGGAGGUGGUCCGCCGCUUGGUACACCUCCUGCGGCAGCGGCCCCCUCAACAGCUGAUCCCGAGAAACGCAAGCUCAUCCAGCAGCAGCUUGUGCUCCUGCUGCACGCACACAAGUGCCAGCGGAGGGAGUCCCAGGCAGCUAACGGAGAGGUUCGCCAGUGCUCAUUACCCCACUGCCGAACAAUGAAGAACGUGUUGAACCACAUGACCAACUGCCAGGCAGGAAAGGCAUGCCCUGUGCCCCACUGUGCUUCCUCAAGGCAGAUCAUCUCUCAUUGGAAAAACUGCACGCGCAACGACUGCCCCGUCUGCCUGCCCCUGAAGCAGGCCUCGGAUCGGCGGCAACAGCAGGCUGGUGCUGCAGUGCCGCCUGGCCAAUCGGGACAGGGCCCUGCACCAGCUGACAUGCAGCGGGCGUACGCAGCCCUGGGCCUUCCUUACAAUGCAGCCGGUGGGGCUUCUGUUGGCCAGCUGGUCAACCGGGGGCAGCCAGUUGCCCAGAUGAAUGACCUGCAAGUGCCACCUGGGCCUAGCCAUUGCAGCCCUCAGGAUCUGCUCACAGGGCCCAGCCCAAAUUCUGUAGCUCCAUCUCAGGGGACUCCUCCAGCUGUGGUUUCCUCCAUGGCUGCCCAAGCACCCCAGAGGCCUCCCCUGGGACCUGCCACUCAAGGUGGGCCUCAAUCAUCGUUUGUUGGUGGGCCUACGUCACCAGCAGCGAUGGCUGCUGCAAAAUUGAUGAAGGCUGUUCAGCAGCAACACCAGCAGCAGCAGCAACAGCAACAACAGCAGCAGCAGCAACAGCAGCAAGGCGGCCCUGGGGCCGUGUCCAUAGUUCCCCCAAACCAAGUGGCCCCCCCUGGGGGUGCGCCAGGUGGUGUAAGCCUAGCGCAGCCAACAGGGGGAGUUGCUAAGGACUGGCACCAGUCAGUCACCCGGGACCUCAGGCAUCACCUGGUGCUCAAAAUAGUGCAAGCCAUUUUUCCCACCCCCGAGCCAGCUACGUUGCAGGACCGGAGGAUGAACAAGCUAGUCGCAUAUGCCAAGAUGGUCGAGGGAGACAUGUACGAGAUGGCCAACAGCAGGGAGGAGUACUACCACCUUCUAGCAGAAAAGAUAUACAAGAUCCAAAAAGAGCUUGAGGACAAGCGGCGCAAAAGCAAAGAGCAGAUGCAACUUCAGAUGCAGCAGCAACAACAGCAGCAGCAGCAGCAACAGCAGCAACAGCAGCAGCAGCAGCAGCAGCAACAACAACAACAGCAACAGCAGCAGCAGCAGCAACAACAACAGCAGCAGCAACAGCAGCAACAACAACAGCAGCAGCAGCAGCAACAGCAACAGCAGCAGCAGCAGAUGCAUGCUGGCACCCCUCCCAUGGGAGUCCCACCAAACACCCUGGCUCCUGGGGCCACUGUGCCAGGCCGAGGGCCAGCACCUGGAUUGGGUGGAGCUGUUAAUUCCCAGAUGCAGCCUGGAGCACCCUCUCACCUUACUGGUACCACUGGAGCAUUGGGUGGUCCCCAGCGUAUGGCACCCCCCAACAUCACUGUACCAGGGCCUUUCCCCCCAAACUCCUUAGGGGCUCCCCCAGGGGCGCCGACUGGCUUUGGAGGCCCACUGCAGCAACAGCAGCAGCAACAGCAGCAGCAGCAGCAGCAGCAGCAGCAGCAGCAGCAGCAGCCACCGCAGCCACCGCAGCAGCAACAGCCACAGCAGCCGCAGACGGCAGCGCCACCAAACUUUGGAGGUGUUGCCGGCGGGGGCAAUGCUCUGGCUGGAUCCCUGGACGGAGGCAUGGGUGCACUCAACAGCCAGUUCCCACCUUCGCAGCAGUUUGAAGCCAUGAAACGACACUUGAUUCAGCAGCAAGCCCAGCAGCUGAUGAAUCAAACGAGCCAAGUGCAGCUAGGUGGUGCAGCAGGCUCUGCAGCAUCUGCACAGAUGUCUCAGAUGCUACAGUCGCAGCUCAACUCAACACCAGUGAGCCAGCCUCAGGGGCAUCUGCAGCAGCCCCAGCAACAACCACAGCAACAACCACAGCAGCAACUGCCUCCUCAGCAGACGCCACCUGGCAGCACGGCAGGCCUAAUGCAGCAGCCAUCUAUGCUAGGCCAGGCUUCGACGCCCCAGCCGCAGGGCCCGCCCAGCCAGCACCCCCCACGGGCUUCGUCGGUGCCCUCGAGUUUAGGGGGCUCACAGCCACCAACUCCAUUGGGGGCUCCAGUGCCAGCACCACUGCCACCACCAUCCCAGCAACUACCGGACCAGAUCCUCGCCACUGAGGACCCCGAAGAGUCGUCUCGGGGCCCCGACCCUGACCUCUCGCUCACCCUGUCCACACCUGAAGGUUCGGCUGCUACCACACCGGCACAGGGCAAGAAGUCCAUCGAGAACUUUGACAGCUGCUCAGGGGGACCCAAGUCGAUGAAAGAUGGAAGCAAGAUGGAGGUGGAUUGCAAACCAGACCUGCGCUCCAUAGGCAAAGGUGAAAACAGGCUGGAAGGUCCUGGGGAGAAUGGGCUUCCAUCCUUUGGUCCAGUCAAGGAAGAGCCUCUGUCAGUGAAGGAGGAGCCUGUGUCCACCCCAGCCAGCAGCAUGGGUGGAGGAGAUGCACCCACUCCUGCUGCCAAGCCUGACAUCAAGCCUGUAAUUGCUAAAACGGAGCCUGUUAGCACGGCAGCAGAGUCUUCCUCAUCUUCGUCCAUGUCUGCUAGCUCACCGCCGAAGCCUAGGUCUAAUAAAAAAGUAUUCAAGCCAGAUGAGUUGAGGCAAGCCCUGAUGCCAACAUUAGAAAAACUGUACAGACAAGACCCGCACUCCCUGCCUUUUCGGCAACCUGUGGACCCUCAACUACUUCAAAUUCCUGACUAUUUCGACAUAGUCAAAAACCCAAUGGACCUGUCCACCAUCAAACGGAAACUGGACACCGGCCAGUACCAGGACCCCUGGCAGUACGUAGACGAUGUCUGGCUCAUGUUUGACAAUGCCUGGCUCUACAACCGCAAGACAUCCCGUGUCUAUCGCUACUGCACAAAACUUUCAGAGGAGUUUGAGCAGGAGAUCGAUCCUGUAAUGCAAUCCUUGGGGUACUGCUGUGGUCGGAAGUACGUUUACCAGCCUCAGGUACUUUGUUGCUUUGGCAAGCAGCUCUGUACUAUCCCCCGAGAUGCCAAGUACUGGAGCUAUCAGAACCGGUACACUUACUGCCAAAAGUGCUUUGCAGAAAUUCCCGGUGAUUCUGUUACUCUUGGAGAUGAUCCUACACAGCCUCAGACAACCAUCCGUAAGGACCAGUUUGUUGAAAUGAAGAACGACCACUUGGAGCUUGAGCCGUUUGUGGAAUGCCUUGACUGCGGCCGCAAGUUGCACCAGGUGUGUGUGCUACACUUCGACUCCAUCUGGCCUGAAGGGUUUACCUGUGAUAAUUGCCUGAAGCAAAAGGGAAAGAAGAGGAAAGAAAACAAAUUCACUGCAAAGCGUUUGCCAACAUGCAAGCUGGCCAACUUCAUAGAAAAUAGAGUCAAUUGCUACUUGAAGAAAAAGGAAUCUGGGGCGGGUGAAGUCACGAUUAGAGUUGUUUCUUGUACAGAGAAGCUAGUGGAAGUGAAACCAGGCAUGAAGAUGAGAUAUGUGGAUACGGGGCACUGGCCUGAGCAGUUUCCCUACCGUGCAAAGGCACUGUUUGCUUUUGAAGAGAUUGACGGUGUGGACACGUGCUUUUUCGGAAUGCACGUGCAAGAGUAUGGCUCAGAAUGUCAUCCGCCCAACACCCGUCGUGUGUACAUAGCUUACCUGGACAGUGUGCAUUUCUUUAGGCCCAAGCGGUUUCGUACUGCAGUCUACCACGAGAUCCUCCUGGGUUAUCUCGACUAUGUCAAGCAACUUGGUUUUGCAAUGGCGCACAUUUGGGCAUGUCCACCUAGUGAAGGGGACGACUACAUUUUCCACUGCCAUCCUCCCGAGCAGAAGAUACCAAAGCCUAAGCGGCUCCAGGACUGGUACAAGAUGAUGCUCGACAAGGGUAUCAUGGAGAGAAUAGUGCUGGAGUACAAGGACAUUCUAAAGCAGGCCACAGAGGACAACCUCAAGAGUGCCUGUGAGCUCCCCUACUUUGAAGGCGACUUUUGGCCCAACGUGCUCGAGGAGAGCAUAAAAGAACUUGACCAAGAGGAAGAGGAGAAGCGCAAAGCUGCUGAAGCAUUGGCUGCAUCCGCUGCUGCUUCGGAAGGCAGUCAAGACGGUGAACCUGAGGGCUCUGAGCAGGGUGAAAAGAAAGGGCAGAAGAGUGGGCGUAACAAGAAGGCCAACAAAAACAAGAGUAACCAACGGAAAAACAACAAGAAGUCUACGGUACCCCACACGGGGAACGAUCUCUCUGCCAAGAUCUACUCAACCAUGGAGAAGCACAAAGAGGUUUUCUUCGUGAUCCGGCUGCACUCUGCACAGGCUGCAGUCAGUCUGCCCCAGAUACACGACCCAGACCUCCUUAUGCAGUGUGACCUGAUGGAUGGUAGAGAUGCCUUUCUGACACUUGCCCGAGAGAAGCACUACGAAUUUUCAUCACUUCGGCGCGCCAAGUACUCGACCAUGGCCAUGCUUUACGAGCUUCACAACCAAGGCCAGGAUCGAUUUGUGUACACAUGCAACAGCUGCAAGAGCCAUGUGGAGACACGUUACCACUGUACAGUAUGUGAUGACUUUGACUUGUGUGUGGCCUGCUACGAUCGUGAAGGCCAUCCUCACAAAAUGGAGAAGUUGGGCUUUGACCUUGAUGAUGGCACCUCUGCAGCCGACCCCAAGCAGAGCAACCCGCAGGAGUCGCAGCGACUGUCCAUUCAACGCUGCAUCCACUCCUUGGUGCAUGCGUGCCAGUGCCGGGACGCCAACUGCCGCUUGCCCAGCUGCCGGCGCAUGAAGCGGGUGGUGCAGCACUCCAAGAGCUGCAAGCGCAAGACCAACGGAGGCUGCCCCAUCUGCAAGCAGCUUAUUGCCCUGUGUUGUUACCAUGCCAAACACUGCCAAGAGGCUAAAUGUCCCGUGCCCUUCUGUCUCAACAUCAAGCACAAGCUGCGCCAGCAGCAGCUGCAGCAGCGCCUCCAGCAGGCACAGAUCCUGCAGCGGCGCAUUGCUACCAUGCAAAACCGGGGAGCCCCUGCCCUGCCGCCAGCUACCAGUGCUUCUGUCUCAAUGUCGUCGGGGCCACCUGCACUUCCACCAGCUAGCACACCUCCCGGUGGCAGCACUGGCAGCAAGCCCGCGGGGCCCCCUGUAGGAGCACUGCAGGCAGUGCAGCAGGUACAGGCAGCGGCUGCGCGUCAACAGGCUCCUCACUUGGCGGGCAACCCUGGCGGCUAUGGCAAGGGGGUGCCUCCUGCGCAGAAGCCUAUGGCGCCUGCGGGACCCCGCAUGGUGCCCUUGCGCUGGGAGGGGCCCCCCUACGGCCAACAAGGUCUGCCCCCAAUGCGACAGGCCCCACCUCCGCCCAUGGUGCCUCCAGGUGCCCAGAUGGGGCCACCUGGUGGAGGGCAGCAGCGGCCAAGUCAAAUGACGCCCGCCCUACAGCAGCUGAUACAGACCCUCAAGUCACCUGCCUCACCGCAGCAGCAGCAGCAGGUGCUGCACAUUCUCAAGUCGAACCCACAGCUGAUGGCUGCAUUCAUCAAGCAGCGCAGUCAGCACCAGCAACAGCAGCAGCAGCAACAGCAACAGCAACAGCACCAACAGCAGCAGCAACAGCAGCAACAAGCACCUCCGCAACAGCUGAUGAUGGGAGGCCCGCAGCAACCACCUGGCAUGCAGCAGCCUCCCAUGCAGCAGCAGCCACCAAUGCAGCAGCAGUGGAUGCAGAAGCAGCAGCAGCUGCUCAUGAUGCAGCGCCAGCAGCAGCAGUUCCAGCAGCAGCAGCAGCAACAGCAGCAGGGCCCACUACAGGGGGCCUACCAGCGACCUCGGCACUUCUACCAAGGAGGGCCACCUGGUCCGGACCAGUAUCAGCAGUUUGCCCCUCCUCUCAAGCAGAGCCCCCUGAGCCCCCAGCAGCUGAUGCAGCAGGUGCGGUCACCACCGCCAAGCCAGCUGGUGCGCUCGCCACAGCCCUCGCCCAGGCCCAUCCCAUCACCGAGGCAGCAGCCCAUCCCAUCUCCUCACUACCCCAGCCAAACACACUCACCCCAUCUCGGUGGGGGGCCCCUGGUGGAAGGCCCCCCCAGUGGCGCUGACCUGAUGCUGCCGCAGGGUGGCCUGGGGGCAGGGCCCAGCCCAAGCCCCGACCUGGCGCCUCCACCGCCGCCCCAGCCGGGGGAUGGCUCGGACAUGCUGACACCCCAGGAGCAGCUGAACAAGUUUGUGGAGAACUUGUAGCCCCACCGCCGGUGCGCGCAGAGAACUAGAGCUCCUUUGUACAUACCACUGGGCAUGAAGCCCGCUGUACAGUUCAACUCCGCAUCAGUUUGUGCUCCUCCUUUUUAUGGAUCAUCGGACACAUCUCGCGGCAGUGGACUCUCCUAGCCAUGGCUGCUGGGCCCUUCAUCUGUACUGUAAAUUCAUCUGCCUUCCUUGCUCUGUACCCAUCCCCCUGUUUAUUAUUGUUCCUCUGCCCCCUUUUUUUUACCAGUGUGUGCACACCCAAUGGGCUCCAAUCAUGAGAAAAUGGAGCGUUCUCACCAGUUAAGUUAAAGCAAGUGCUGCCUUUUCUCAAACUGUUCUCAGAGGAGCCUGUGGUCACACGCCACUUGUGUCUGGGAGGCGGCUGCGUUGUUUCACCUCCGUGUUUGUUUCCAACAUUUUUUACAAAACACAGUGGUGGUUUUGGUGCCCCCUGUGGCACAAGUUAUUUAUUACUUAGUUUUCAAGCAUCUCGGGGAGAGUGGUUGGUCCCCCCUCCCAUCAUAGAGCCAUUUUUAAAAAAUAAUGAGAGUGUGUUUGGAGGCCUGUAUAUUGUGUGGGUCAUGUGGGCGCAAACAGACAUUUCGAGGAACAGAAUGAAAUCUGGAGUACAUUCCAGUCUGUCCCCUCUCCACAGAGUCCAUUGGUGGGGGAAAUCCAGUGCAUCAAGGAUUGUCGAUUUCAGGGCAGCGAGAAUGUAUCAUUUUCACUGCCAGCCACUGUGCAGACAAUUGAGAAAGGACCUGUGUAAUGGGGUGGGGGUUACAAGCAGUGUGAUGGUAAUAAGCAAGUGGUGCUGCAUUUGGGGAAUGGUUAAAUGAAAAAAUGCCUUUUGGAGGCAAAAUGAAUCGUGUUGAAAAUGGCGCCUCAUCUCUAAACAUUGCCCUACCCUCUCUGAACACACUCAUCCCAUAAACGUGAAAAAAGCAAAUGUUGCCUUUUGUUGUUUGUACAUUCAUUCCCUAGGGUCGCCGUCUGGUUGGGCGAUGUCUGCAUUGUACAUACUGUACACAUUUCAUGUCUACCGAAUGGAAUAAAAUU